CUGACGCCCUAAUUGACGCUAUCAUUUUGCCAUGAUUGACGCUAUUUCGGACCAGGAUCGUCACGUGAAAUCGAAAACUUUUCCAAAAUUUUCUUCAAAAUUCAAAUGACCAGGAAAUCGUCAAAAUCGGGCCCAAAAUGACGCUAUUUCGGGUGAGGUUCUGCAGGAGAUUCUGGGGGCCUAAUGACGCGCGACGCGCUUAAAUUCAGGGAGCGCCCGAAGAUAACCUGAGAUUAUUACGUGAGCUCAGCCCUUGGCCUUAACCGUUCAACCAUGUCACUUCGACGUAAAAUCAGAACUCUGCAAAAUGAACAAAAAUGGGAAACUACAGUUGGAGGAGCAGGAGUUAUUGAAACUCCUCUGCUGACGUGGUCAGAACUGCCAGAGUGGAUGAAAGAUAAUGAAUAUAUCAUUUCUGGUUAUCGAAGGGAACAGCAACACUGGAAAGGUUGUUUCAAGUCUGUUUAUUCAUACUUGCAUAAUGAAUCCGUGAACAUACAUAGCCACCUUUGGGGUGGAGCCCUUUUUCUAUAUUUCUUGACCACUGCACACUCGACGCACUUGGUUCAUUAUCCUAUCGCUUGGAUUGAUUCUGUCGUUAUUUCGGUUUUUUUGGUUUCAGCAACAUUUUGCCUUUGUGCAAGCGCGUUUUUUCAUGUCUCGACGUGUCAUUCCGAAAAGAUAGCGACUCACUGCCAUGCUCUCGACUACUCCGGAAUUGUCGUGCUUACAGUGGGGUCAUUCUAUCCGUGCAUUUACUACGGGUUUUUCUGUGAACCUCAAUUCCAGGCCCUCUACAUCACUGCAAUAACAUUGGUGGGAAUAGGUGCUGCGUACAUUGUUCUAAAUCCUGAAUAUGCAAAGCCCACUCAUCGUGGUGCUCGCACGAGCGUUUUCAUCGCUCUAGGUCUUUGCGCAGUCUUUCCUAUGUCUCACUGGCUAAUAGAACACGGCUUUCGAACGAUGCUUGAUAUGGGUCUUCACUAUCUUGCAAUAUCCGGCUGUUUUUACGUCGUAGGAGCUUUGCUCUAUGCCAAUCGUAUUCCAGAGAGAUUCUCCCCUGGAACUUUCGAUUACUUUUGCGCUUCACAUCAAAUUUUCCAUUUUUUCGUAGUUUUUGCUGCAUUGGCGCAUUAUAAGUCGAUCAUAUUUGCACUGGAUUACGCAUAUACCAGAUCCUACUGUGAGUUGUGAAUGACGAGGCUGCUUCGAUCGUAAAUGAAUUCUAGAUUCUUUCUUUCUUGAUUCCCAACUUCUACAUAUAUAUCAAAAGCGAGGAUCGACGCGGAUUUUUUUGGGUAAUGUGUGCGCGACUCGGGCCCGUAAAACUUUACGACUUGCAAUUUCCCAUCCUUCGAAUACAAGUUGUGAAGCAUACAUAGUGACCGCUCUUCUUGCGUCCACGAGCAAGGAAAUUUCCGGAUUGCUCCCACAACAUUUGAAGUGUUUGGCGAAAUACGACGUAUGCGCGCCAGUUCUACAAGCCAAAUAUUAGCGCGGAGUACCGACUCUUUCAUUCUCGACACUCAAUCACCUCAGCCUCAUCCUAGAAAUGAGAUCAUAAACGUACA